AUGUCUAGAGUGAUUGUAAAGGGGCUCCCCAAAUACUUGAGCGAAGAUCGCUUGAAAGAGCACCUAACUAAGCGCUUGAGCCAACAACACAUUGGUAAAAACGUUUCCGAAUCAAUAACCGAUAUAAAAAUCCUGAAAAACAGAGCAGGAGAGUCUAGACGCUUUGCUUUUGUUGGAUUCCGUGAUGAAAGCGAUGCCUUUGAUAUCGUCAGUUAUUUCGAUAAAUCCUUCAUUGAUACCUGCAAAAUUGAAGUUAGCAUGGCCAAGAGUUUCGCUGAUCCUAGAGUACCUCAACCUAUGCGUGAAAAGAGGCGCGAAGCUCUCAAGAGGCUCCGUGAACGUGAGGAGAAGUUAAUCGAACAGCAAAAUGUCAAAAAACCUAAGCAGCCAUCUCGGCAGGGGCCCACAUCCAACAUAGACGAUGAAAUCAAAAGUAACAAGCAGCUGCAGGAAUUUAUUGACACUAUGAAGCCUAGCUCUCAGGUAGCUUCAUGGGACAAUUUAGGUGGCGCUGUGAAAUCUCCAGAUGGCAAUCUUCAGCCAGCUGCUUCCCACUCUGAAGAGCCACAGGCUAAUUCUCUGCUAGCUCAGGCGUUAGCAAUGAGAUCUGAGGACAACCCUGACAAUAGCCAGGCUGCCGUUUCGAUGGGAGAGGAGCGGGUCGAUAUACCAGAAAACGAAAGCGACGAUGAAUAUGCUGAUUUAGGCGGAAACCGCAAGGAUGAGGAACACGCGGGGGAAGAACAGAUGAUGAAGCUAGAUGACUUUAAGGAGGGAGCAGAUUCGCACUUUGCACAAGAUGAACAAGUGUCAGACCUUGACUGGUUGAAGCAACGUCGUAUACGAAUGAAGGAGCGCUCAGAAUUAGCUCCCGAAGAACCCAAGGCAACAGGCUCUAAGAGCUCCAAAGAACCCACGGAAGAGGCACAAUCGGAAGCCGUGGAAAUUGCUGAGCAGCCACAACAGCCUGAAAUGGAUACCACCGAAGAGGAAAAAUGUAUAGAAAAGAUCAAAGUUACUGGUCGUUUGUUUCUGAGGAAUAUUCUUUACACUGCCACGGAAGAUGAUUUCACCAAGCUCUUUUCGCCAUUUGGCGCUUUAGAAGAGGUGCAUGUGGCUCUCGAUACGAGGACAGGUAAAUCCAAAGGUUUCGCAUACGUUAUGUUUCAUAACUCUGGCGAUGCAGUGAAUGCGUAUGUUGAGCUAGACAAACAAAUUUUCCAGGGGCGCUUAUUACACAUCUUACCUGCGGAUAGUAAGAAAUCUCACCACUUGGAUGAAUUUGACCUGAAAAACUUGCCAUUAAAGAAGCAAAGGACUUUGAAGCGUAAAGCUAAUGCUGCCCAGGAUACAUUUUCCUGGAACUCGCUAUACAUGAGUCAAGAUGCCGUUUUGGGGAGCGUAGCUUCAAAGUUGGGGCUUGAAAAAUCCGAUCUUUUAGAUGCUACCGAUUCUAGUGCUGCUGUCAAACAGGCCUUGGCAGAAGCUCAUGUCAUAGGAGAUGUGACAAAAUAUUUCCAAUCGAAGGGCAUGGACCUCAAAAGAUUUGGUCAGUCAAAAUCGCCGAGCGAUCGUGAUGACACACUAAUAUUGGUCAAGAAUUUUGCAUUUGGAACGACGAAAGCCGAGUUGGCAGAUUUAUUUUUACCCUUCGGCAAGUUGAAAAGGUUACUCAUGCCUCCUUCUCAAACAAUAGCUGUCGUACAGUAUCGUGAUGCCACAGCUGCUAGGGCCGCCUUCAGCAAGCUAUCUUACAAAAGAUUCAAGGAUGGGAUUUUGUACUUAGAAAAGGGUCCCAAAAACUGUUUCAACAGAGAACCUCAAGGGGAUGAAUUGGUUGAUGCCGAAAGUGACGAAAUAACCAACGCAAAAGAGGUCAGGGCGAGUGGUGAAGACGUGAUGGAUAUAGAUGGCCACGACGGAGCCACCGGAGAUGCUACUGAUGACACCCUGGACGGGCCUACAGUGUCAAUCUUUGUCAAAAAUCUAAACUUUGCCACGUCCAGUCAGCAGCUCAGCGAAAGGUUCAAGCCGUUUACUGGCUUUGUUGUUGCUCAAAUUAAAAACAAACCUGAUCCAAAAAAUAACGGAAAGACUCUCUCAAUGGGCUUCGGCUUUGCCGAGUUCAGAACUAAGGAGCAAGCAAAUGCUGUUAUUGAGGCUUUGGAUGGGACUGUUUUGGAUGGUCACAGAAUCCAACUCAAGCUGUCUCACAGACAGGGCGGUCAUGCUUCGAGUUCCGGGAAGGCGGGAAAGAAGGGGACCGGGAAAAUCAUUGUCAAGAACUUGCCGUUCGAAGCAGAACGUAAGCAGAUCUUCGAGCUAUUUAGUUCGUUUGGACAGCUCAAAUCGGUCAGAGUGCCCAAGAAGUUUGACAAAUCUGCAAGAGGGUUUGCUUUCGUGGAGUUUCUGCUUCCGAAAGAAGCCGAAAAUGCCAUGGAACAGCUCCAAGGUGUGCAUUUGUUGGGCCGUAGGUUAGUAAUGCAGCAUGCCGAACAGGAACCACAGGAUGCAGAGGAACAGAUCGCCAGAAUGACUCGCAAGGUCCGGUCACAAGUUCAAACUCAAGAACACGCAGCCAUGAGAAAUGGUGGUCGGAGAAAAGUAGACCUAGGGGAGGAUGAUGAUGAUGGAAACGAUGGGUUGACUGGUAUUUAG